AUGAUCGACAAUAUUGGAGAGUCAAUAAAAAUGGCAAAAAUAUUUUGUUUUGCUUCAGGUCAAACUCUGACUAUUGAUGACGAUAAAAUCGGAAAAAUCCCAUAUUUAGCUGCUCUUGUUUCCUCUGCGGAUUGUUUUGAAUCGGUAUAUGACGAGCAUGGUUAUUAUAAACUCGAUCUACAUAUUGAAUAUAAAUACUUCUCUUUCAUUCUUGAGUCAAUUUCAUUCCAUUCAGUUCGACAACUAUUUACUCAUUUACCUAAACAAUAUGAUGUUAUACAUAUUAUUGCUCUUCUCGAUUUCCUUGGUAUUGGACCACAACCAGAUCCUGCACUACGGGAGGUCGAUAGCACUUUCUUUUCAAAUUUAGUAUUUAGUCCUUUCUUAGAAGGAUAUUUACUGCAAAUUAGACCAUCGGUAAUUCAAGAUAUGGCCGUUCGAUUUGCGAUUGCAAUGGCUAAAGAGGAAUAUAAUUUUAAUGAUCAUAAAGUGAUUGAUCAAAUAUAUUGGUUUAUUAUGUUUAUUUUAAGCGCUUACAAAUUAUUUGGAUCUCGUCUUCGUCAUCAUGUAUAUCAAAUUGCUGAAAAUUGUUUUUCUCUUUUCGAACCGUUGCUAUUAAAACGUCUCAAGAAACUUAUACAGAGAACACAGGAAGGUGAAAACAAAUUCAGAUCAAUUACCAACGAGAACGCCAUUGAUCCUGAUGAAAAUAGCGAAUGUUCUUUAGAGCAAGCAUGGGAUAUACCGUCUGACGAUUGGUGCUGGUUCAGUAGAUCAACAUUAAAAGAACGACAGGAUUUAAUUGCUAAUCGCACAUACACCAGCUAUCACACGUAUUGGAUUUCGAGAUCAUCUCACUCGCAACAAUAUAUUGAAGCAGCAUCUCGACGUGUACUAGAGAUCACUUACGAGCGUUUGCAAAGUGCAAUAUGUCAACGUGCAUUAAUAGCAAUACAUAACAGAAACAAUUUCAAUAAAAUCGUGGACAAGUGUGGCAAUUUGCUGCUACCUUCGGGUUUAGGAAGCCGUACAGACUGCUUUGUCUUACCGAAAGAAGUAAGCGACAUAUGGAAACAUGAGCAGAUAGAGAAAGAAAUACGUGAACUUAUAUUGGAAGAAAUCUACCUAUUGAAACCCAAACUAGAACAAAGACGAAAUGAAUUAGUGACACAAAUAAGAGAGUAUGAUCAGAGUCAGGAAAUACUAGAUGAAGAUGCAUUUAAUCCAUUUCAUCUGUAUCUAUUAUUUCGAUCAACUUUUGAGAGUUUACAAGAAGAAGCUUUAUCUUAUGUGCUCCUGCUCGAUAACUUAAAUCAAGGUUCAAGUACAGAAGAAGAAAUAUAUCAGCGUGUACUGGAUGGAUUAUACACUAACGCAAGGAAACAAUUUAUACAAUGGUCGAGCAUGCAAAAAACUAUAUGUAAACUGUAUGAUAAAUUAUCAUCAUGCCAGGAAACAAUAAAUAUUGUUUCUAUGAUACUAAAUACUACAUAUCCAAAAUAUCAAAUCCCAGUAUAUAAACCGUUACCAAAAUGUCAACGUAAAUACUCAAUCCGCUAA